CCACACCCGUCAAGAUUAGCUGCUAUUAUUAUGAUUUGUAAGUUUAGAAUAUUUUUUAUUUUUCUAUUUUUAUAAAAUUUUAUAUUAAUAAUAGUAAAAUCUCCAACAGCUGAUAUAACAUGACAAAAAGGUGUGAAAAGACAAUUAGCUAAUCUUGAUAGAUUGAUUGAAGAAAGUCAAUUAUUUGAUAAAAUUAAUUUAACAGAAGAACAUAUUAAUUUAAUUAGUGGAAUUAUUGAUAAUGUUCAACUUGAAAAUUCAUUACUUAAUCAAACAUCUUAUUAUAAUGUUGUUUUAACACUUUAGAAAUGGGCUAAACGAGCUUUACAAUAUCAUACAGUUUUACUUAAAAAAGUUCGACCAAUACAUCAGAAAUAUAAAGAAAUUGAAGAAGAUGUAUUAGAACAAGAUCAAAAAUUAAUUUUAUUAUAUAUUAAAAAACGAACAAGUAAAAUAUUUGAAACAAGUGUAGAACGUCAAUCAACAUUAAAUGGUACAUGUGCAAUUGCAUCAGCAUUUUUAACUUAUCUUGGUCCAUUUACAUAUGGAUUUCGACGUCUUAUGUUAACUGUUCAUUGGAUUUAA